AGACUGGACUUGAAAAUGAGGAAAGUGAUAAAGCAGCACACAUCUCCGGCUGCAGGUGACAACCAGGACCGGGUCUUCUGGAGUCGGGCGGCCUCGGGGCAGCACGCCCCGCCCGCCGAGGCCCCGCGCCCACUGAGCAUGCGCCGCCGACCUACGGAAGCCGGCAGGGAGGGGGCGGGGCCGAGGCUGGCGGGCGCGGGCAAAAUGGCGGCGGCGGCGAACGGGACUGGAGGGAGCAGCGGGAUGGAGGUGGAUGCAGCAGUAGUUCCCAGCGUGAUGGCCUCCGGCGUGACGGGGAGCGUCUCCGUCGCUCUUCAUCCCCUCGUCAUUCUCAACAUUUCAGACCAUUGGAUUCGCAUGCGCUCCCAGGAGGGGCGGCCUAUGCAGGUGAUCGGGGCUCUGAUCGGGAAACAGGAGGGCCGAAAUAUCGAGGUGAUGAACUCCUUUGAGCUGCUCUCCCACACUGUGGAGGAGAAGAUUAUCAUUGACAAGGAAUAUUACUACACCAAGGAGGAGCAGUUCAAACAGGUUUUCAAGGAGCUGGAGUUUCUGGGCUGGUAUACCACCGGUGGGCCGCCUGACCCCUCCGACAUCCACGUCCACAAGCAGGUGUGCGAGAUCAUCGAGAGCCCACUCUUUCUUAAGUUGAACCCGAUGACCAAGCACACAGAUCUUCCCGUCAGCGUUUUUGAGUCUGUCAUCGAUAUAAUCAACGGAGAGGCCACCAUGCUGUUUGCUGAACUGACCUACACUCUGGCCACAGAGGAAGCGGAACGCAUCGGUGUUGACCACGUAGCCCGCAUGACAGCCACUGGCAGCGGCGAGAACUCCACGGUGGCCGAGCACCUGAUCGCGCAACACAGCGCCAUUAAGAUGCUGCACAGCCGGGUCAAGCUCAUCUUGGAGUAUGUCAAGGCCUCCGAAGCGGGAGAGGUCCCCUUCAACCAUGAGAUCCUGCGGGAGGCCUAUGCUCUGUGUCAUUGCCUACCAGUGCUCAGCACAGACAAGUUCAAGACAGACUUUUAUGAUCAAUGCAAUGACGUGGGGCUCAUGGCCUACCUCGGCACCAUCACCAAAACCUGCAACACCAUGAACCAGUUUGUGAACAAGUUCAACGUCCUCUACGAUCGACAAGGCAUCGGCAGACGGAUGCGGGGGCUCUUCUUCUGAGAGGGUAUUUGAAGAGACGACACACAGGUCGGACAAUGGUCCCACAGGGGAGGGGUGUCACACUCCCGUUAGAAAAACCUCCUGUCGAUAAUAAAAGGGGAGCAGCCCCUCAGCACCCCU